AUGAGCACAACGCCCAUGACCGGAGUGGUAAAGACGAGUGGUAUUGCAAGCGGCACACUAGGAACAGAUUCGAACGAGUUGUAUAUUCAAGGCAUUGGCACGAUGGACACUGCUACAACUGGAAGCGCUGCUGCUGCUCGUAAGCAACUGACAUUGUCUCCGAUUUCCCGCCCCAAAGCAUCGUUGAGUCCGAAAAUGAAGAGCGGACUCAAGAGCAGUCAGUCGACGGGUUGUUUGAAACGCAACAAGAUUUCGUUUGGAUCUCCGCAAAUGUUGGUCUUUGAAAAGGAUAUUGACAAUGAAGACGAAGAACACAAGAAUUCAGUGUGGUACUCCAAGAAGGAGAUGAAAUCGAUUCGUAAGGAUUUGAAAAAGAGUAUCAAAAAGGGCGAAAUCACGCGCGGACUAGAACAGUACGAAGGCGAUAUGGGCACGGAGAACAAGCAGAAGCGGUUGAAUCACAUUUACUCCAUUUUGGAUUUGCAACGCGAGCAACAAGAACAGGGCAUUCAGUGCGACAAGUCCUUGCAAAUGCUCAGUCGCGCCAUGAGUGCCGACGAUAUCGGACGGGCGCGACGACUGGCGAGUAUGGAUUCCACUGAAGCGUUCUCGGAGUACACCAAGACCCAGUCCAGCAUGAUUCGAACCAGCAGUCGCAAUGCGCUCGAUAAUUUCCGAAAGACCGUCGUCAAGAACAAUUCCAAAUUGGCACUGGCACAAGCCAAUGGACUCGGGCCAUCAUCAUCGUCACAAGGAGGCGGUGGUAAGAAUGCCACUUUUGGAUCGUCCACUGGAAGGAGAAAGAAAUCGGGAGGACCCAACUUGUUGCUGGCAGCCAUGGCCAAUCGAAAGAAAGCGACUCCUCCGGCGCAGCCAGGAGCACAAGCGGGAGUCGCAUGA